UCGAGCUUACACUUUUAAGUGUUUUCUUGUAACGAGAACUCAACUCUUUCAUUCUGUAAUUUGACUAAUGCUUCAACUCCAAUAUUAAUUAGUCUAAUUACAAUUUGUAAAAUAAUUUACGUAGUGGAUAAAAGGGAUUAAAUAACUAUUGAAUACAAAAUUACAUGCCAAAACCGGGUAAACUGUAGCACACGAGAUCGUAAAAAAUCAAAAUGGUGUGAUAGCACAUAGCAGACAAUCAUAUAUACAUUGACCAUAUAUAAAAUAUGUUAAUCCAUCUUGUAAUUUCUUAUAGCCUAGGUCCAACCAUCGGUGCUCAAGAUUUGCGCACCCUCUUCUAAAUUUUCCUGUCGAUUUUGAAGAUCCGGGUUUUAUCUAUAAGGUUAAAAUAUCCUUUGGGGUUCAGCCUAAUUUGUGUCUUUUUUAUAAAGAAAGUUGUUUUUCUUUUGUCUACAAAGUGUUUGGUUUAUUGCCUCACAGAAGUUCUUGAAUUUUUGCCUCUGUUUACGAGUAAUGGAUCAAUAUAGUACUAGCAGUAGUCCUGUGGAAAAUGUUUCAGCAUCUGGGCUUGGGUCUGAACUGACAAAGACUCUAAAGGAGCAACAUCAGAGCAGUAUAACUGAUGCUCACAAUGUGGGUGAUCAAGAACAUAUUUAUGCGAAUGUCAGUGCGGAGGGGGAUGGUGAUUAUGAGGAGGAUGAAGACUUGACUGCUGAAAUAUUGGCACAAAGUGGAUAUGGCAAAGUUGUAUCGAGGAAUGAUAGUAGUGUGGGAGAUCAAGAAUGUAUGUUUGAGGACGAGAAGGAAGCAAAUUCUGAAUUGGGAUGUGCUCAAACUUCUAGUCAUAGUCAUAAGAGCUGGCCUAGUGAUAAGAAGCUUGUGUCGGCCUUCAAAGGUAGUCGUGAGAAGGAGGGAGUGCAUGUAACGUGGGCACCUGAUGUUUAUGAUCCUCCUGUUACUUCUGAUGAUCACUUUGUCCAAGACAAGAGUGAAAAGCAUAAAGGCGAGAACAGGAAGCAGAAGGGUAAGCAGAAGAGGGAAGGCAAAUCUGCCCGAGAAGAGAAGGGGAAGGGAAAGAGAAAAGACAAGCAAACUCGUAAGCAUGGUGGGAGUUCUAAUAAGUGAUUCAGGUGGACCACAAUGAGUGCUUUUGGUUUGUUUGAUUUUAACAGCAUCAAAGCACUUGGCACAAAGGUGCAUGUCUGCAAGAAUCUAUAUGAA